AUGAUGAUGCAGCGUGCAGCGAAUACCCUGGCACGCCCUCCUGUAGUAGGGGCGGCCUCUUGGAAAGUACGUGGGUACUCCCUGGGGUCGGACUCUCUGGCAAGUCUUUUUUGUCGAACCUCUGGAGCAUCCAGCGCUUUGCAGAGCAAUUGUCGGUGGUAUAUGGGCCCCCGUAGGAGCCCUACAGGCCCGAGCGCUGGCAGCAGCAGCAGCAGCUCGCACACGAGCAGCAACGGCAGCGCUGUCAGCAGCAUUGGAGCCAACACCUCUCCUGCUGCUUCCUUUCCGAUAUUCAGCACAACUUCGAUGGUGACGGUGCGACCCUCUCCUCCCACCCUGGACAGCAUCAGCACCGCUGGCACCACGGGAGGUCCUCAGGGGGCCCCCCAAACAUUCCUGCGGGAGGGAGGCAUCACGUUUUCCUUUCUUCCUAAGCUCGCUUCUAACAAAACCUUUGAUAAGGCAGCAAGACUCACCGUUCUCCUCAAGGCCAGGCACAUUGGCUGCCUCUUGGGACCCCUUCCGUGGGCCCCCCGGAGCAUCCAUGGGGGUGAAAAUCCGGGCAGUAGGAGCCUUCAGGAGACUGAUGCCUCUGCAGCGGGAGAAGAGUGGCAGCUGGAAGCACCGUGCGGAUCAGGAUACACUUUAAGAAUUACUCAGCACUCUACGAAACCCCAAACGCAUGUCUGCAUUGCGCUCCUGCAGCAACACCCGGACCAGCUGCAGCCGCAGCUGCAGCAACAGAAGCAGAGAAUAGUGCACCUAGUUGCAUGCUCUAAAGGGGAGUGGCUCACGCUGCAAAUGCUAUUGCAGCAGUCCCUUCCCUUACUGUUCAAUUGGACAGCGCAGUCUCUUCAGGCUGCCGCAGAGGAUGAGGCACAAACAAAUUCCAACUUGCAGGAAAGACGAGCGAACGACCUAUGCUCAGCCUUAUUUCCAGCUGAUUGUUGGUCGCGAGUUGCUCGUUUACCAGUAGUUGGCGCAGCUGCAGAGAAACUAUGA